AUGGAGCCCGGGAGCCCGCGGCCGCCCAGGCCGCCCCGCAGCCCGGGGCUGGGCGCGGAGCCGCGGCCCUGGGCGCAGGUGCUGUUCACCGGCCUCUACGCGCUGGUGCUGGCGCUGGGCGCGGCGGGCAACGCGCUGUCCGCGCGCGUGGUGCUGAAGGCGGGCGCGGGGCGCGCGGGGCGCCAGCGCCUGCACGUGCUCAGCCUGGCGCUGGCGGCGCUGCUGCUGCUGCUGGUCGGCGUGCCCGUGGAGCUCUGCCGCGUCGUGUGGGCCCACGACCCCUGGGCCUUGGGCGACCUGGGCUGCCGCGGCUACUACCUGGCGCGCGAGCUGGGCGCCGGCGCCACGGUGCUCGGCCUGGCGGGCCUGAGCGCCGAGCGCUGCCUGGCCGUGUGCGCGCCCCUGCGCGCCCGCCGCCUGCUCACGCCGCGCCGCUCCCGCCGCCUGCUGGCGCUGGUCUGGGCCGCCUCGCUCGGCCUCGCCCUGCCCAUGGCGGCCUUCGUGGGGCAGAGGCUCGAGCCGCGGGCCCACGGCGGGGAGCCCGAGCCCGCCUCGCGCGUCUGCACCGUGCUGGUGAGCCGCGCCGCGCUCCGGGUGUACGUCCAGGUGAGCGUGCUGGUAUCUUUCGUGCUCCCUCUGGCACUAACUGCUUUCCUGAAUGGGGUCACCGUAAGCCACCUGAUGGCCCUCUACGCUCAGGUGCCCUCACCUUCAGCCCCCGGCAACACCAUCCCCAGCCGCCUGGAGCUUCUGAGUGAGGAGGGUCUUCUGGGCUUCCUCACGUGGAGGAGGACCCUGGGGGGCCAGGCCGGCCUGGUGAGACACAAGGAUGCCAGCCAGAUCCACCGCCUCCAGCACAGCAUCCGGGGUCUCAGAGCCAUCGUGGCCGUGUAUGUUAUCUGCUGGAUGCCGUACCAUGCCCGCAGGCUCAUGUACUGCUAUGUCUCUGAUGAUGGAUGGAGUGACGCACUCUACGAGUUCUAUCACUACUUCUACAUGGUGACCAACGCCCUCUUCUAUGUGAGCCCAGCGGUGACCCCCCUCCUGUACAACGCCAUGUCCCCUUCCUUCAGGAAGCUCUUCCUGGAAGACCUCAGGUCCCUGUGUGGCAAACACCCCACCAUGACGCCAUUAGCCCCACAAGCCCAGAGCCUCACCCUGAUGGAUGCAGCGUCAGGUGGUGGGCAGACCCCCAAGGCGCUGAUGGGGAUGAAAUACAAGAAUAAGCAAGCCAGCAGGAGGACUGGCUAUCCCAUAGCUGAUGGCUCAGCCAAGCCGCGCAGCCAGCAGGACCACAGCAAGGCAGGGCCGCACUUAACAGCCAGCACCUGCAGGCGCGCCACAUAA